AUGCCCCGUCACAAAUUUUCGGCCGUCGGCUCGCAGGACUUUGAAGAUUCAUCUCCUGAAGGCGCGGCCUCAGUUUCAAUGAAUUUUAGAAGUGCCGCUACACGCAACAUCGUCCAGCCAACGGAGGCACCCGAGGGCAACGGCGUCGCCAGAAAAAGAAGGCCAAACCUCCGGCCAGAGGCCAAGGCCGUCCUGACGGCGUGGCUGACGGAGCAUCGCCACCAUCCGUACCCCACGGAGGAGGAGAAAGAUGCCCUUGUUUGCGAGGCAGGGGUGACUCUUGCGCAGGGCGAAAAGGAGGUUGCUGCCCCCAUGCAAAAAUUCAGCGAUUGCUGCACGUCCAGGAGCAUGAUCUAUCACGAGGAAUCGAAUUUCACGCGCUAUCCAAGCACCGAAGAGAAGCUACAGCUGGCGCAGGAGGCGGGGCUCAACAUGAGGCAG